AUGCUAACAUACGAUUCAGUUCUGCGACAAAAUCUGAAUCUUGUUCUUGAAAAAACAAGGAUUUUGGAGAGUUGUUUGACUCGAGGCUGAUUGGGGUUCUCUCUUACAAGGUCUUUCUUCAUCCUCCUACUCUCGCAUGCAUUCUUAUUCCUGUUUGCAUUAUUUAGCGGUGAAAUCAACAAGUUGGGACCUUUGGGCUUUCUUAGCCCAGAUUGAACUAUGAAGGCUUGUGGGAGUAGGAGUGAGACCAGUGAAGAAGUUGCAAAUGAUUCAGUGGCUUUGGGAGAUGUGAUAUUUAUCAAGCUUCGCAGUGGCUCAUGGUGGCCUGCGCAGGUUGUUGAUGAAAAUAGUGUUAAUAAGAGUGUUAAACCGAGCAACAGGAGGAAACGAUUGCCAGGGGAAGUCCUUGUUAGGCAUUAUGGAAGUUAUACAUAUUCUUAUGCAGAUCCUAUUAAAUAUGGUUCUGAGUUUAAGACGAUACUUGAGCAAAAUGAUGGUUCUCUCAGGAAAAUACUUCUGCAGGCUCUUGAAAAGGAUCUUCCUAGUACAAAAUCCCAUAGAUCAAAGGGGUCAUCAUCAUCAAAGCCUAAAGGAACUUCAAGCAAAAAUGCCGCAGGCAAGCGAAAAUCCAAUGGGCAAGAUGAGGAGCAGAACACAAUCAAGCGCCAAAAGCAAAAGGAGACAUUGGAUGGUGAUGCUAGCCAAAGUCAUGUAACUGAUGAAACGAACUCGUUAGGGAAGUCCCCAGAGUUGAGUUCCAGGAGGAUAAGAGUGAUGGAAAACCUUGGACUCAUUGCUCCAGCUGGAUCACCAUUCCAAAAAAAAUGCACAUAAACUAUAAAAUAUAGUGAUGAAGGAAUUGGUGUAGACUGUAGACUGUAGAGAAGAGCAUGCGUCAAUACAUUUUCUUUUAACAACACAUGUACAUGCUCCUUCAUGUCAUUACUAAGAAAUGUUAAAUAUGUUUAGGAUCCUCUUAUUUUGGUCAAACGCCCGUUAUCAUGCAUGCAAACAUUCGGUCCGACUUUUUGGUGUGAAAAAAUGUGGGAAAUGAUUCUUACAGCCACUUUUUUGUGUUUUU